AUGGACGAAAUCCUGUACCGUAAUGAUGGUGCUGCAAUGGAUGAGAACUCGCACACAGCUGAUCAAGAUGCCCUGGUUCAAAAUGUGAGCAAACAUGUCGGUAAACUUCUCAUUCGCAUGAAUUUCACUGAUAUUACAGCGCUUGACGCCCAUAUUGAUAGCUCAUUAGCUCGGGCAGUUCAGGCGCACGAGAACAUUACUCAUUUUCACUUCGUCGGCACCGUCAAUCAUACCUUCUCUUUCGGUUCAAUCAGCGAGUACAGUCGGUUCACUUUAGUAACAAAGAAAAAUCUCAUUUCGAAGCUUGAAAAUGGAGUAAAUAAGGCUUGUGGUCAAGAAAGCAAUGGUGGUUCCAUCAUCCAACAGGCGCCAAUAAACAAUGAUUUAAACGUAGCUCGUUGGCAGGGGCCAGACUACGCCAACUAUGAGGGGUCCCGACAACAUCCUAAGGCGUUCCUUCCAAUGAGAUUUGACAUGGGUCGCUCCUUUAUGAGCACACUGCCAUCGACAGACGUCGUCUGUGCCGGCAGAACGAUGAAGAGGAUUUUAAUGGAACCUUAUGCGGCACGAACCUUAGGAAAUGGAAAAACAGAAAAACGCCAACUGCUUCCACAGAUCUGUUGGCGUGGCGACAACGCAGAAUCAGUUUUCUCUCUACAACUCUCCUUCUAUGACAAUCUUAUUUGGAACUCAGAGGUUGCUCUUGGUGGCGCUAAGGACACUCCCACCAGCAAUGAUACUGAAACUAUUCCCAGAGGAAGCGGUUCGAAAACUUCUACAUCUGAUUUGGAAUUUCCAAGAAUGUUUGGUAGCCAUUCAUUUCGAAUUAUUGCAGAGGGCAAUCCAGAAUUGAACAAUCACAUCUGGGAGUUUCAUGACUGUUGCAUGUUGGCCGACGCUGACUUGCCAAUAUUCGGAGGUGGACAAUUCCCAAACCUAUCUAUUCAUAUGAGCGAGCAAGCGAAGCCUAUCUCAGUACUUUUUGGCGUGGACACUUUUCUAGAACGAAUAAUCUGUAGUUUGUCUAGAAGCGUAGUUGUCUACCACGAAGAUGGACCAGUGGAAGACUACGAUGUUGUUUUCAAGGAAGAAAUUCCGCAUAUUGUUGGCAGCGAAUUCGACCCAGUGAAUCUGAAGAGCAUCAUUAAGAAUACAAUGACCUUCCUUUCUAAGAAUAUAGCACAUCGUGGUCAUACAUACUGGUUGCUCAGAGAGAAAAAGACAAACCACUUGAAGCUAUAUGAUCUUACCAGCACAUGCUCUAGCAUUUCCAGCUUACCAAACUGGAAUCCAUUCCUUUCACCUUUGUCAACUGAGCUCAUUGAAAAGUCAGCACGGAAUCGACCAGAAAAGAUUUCCAAUGUUAUUUAUGGCCUACUGUCUGCCGCCGCAAAAAUUGCAGAAAAUGAGAAUUAUGCAGAGACUAAAAUAUGUGCUCAUUAUUCGCUUGCGGGUGUAUAUUUGAUGUUUGAAUUUGAUGAGGAUAACUCAAAGUUGGACCAAUAUUCCUAUCUGAUGGAAAGUCUGGACGAUGUUCCUUCAAAUAGUGGCUACCCACGGAUCACGUCAACUAUUCAGGUGGAUUGCCUUGCCGCAAGUUCGAGUCGUGAAGAUAUUCAGGAUGAUAAUCAGGAUUUUAAUGCCAGUUCAUUGGAUCCACGUAAUGAACCAAGUGAAGUUCGAUCGGAGUGUGCAAGAAGGGCCCUUGAGCAUUGUUUACAGGUUGCACCUCUGUCAUGUCGUGAUAGCCGCAUCCUCGAAUUGGCCGCUAAAGACGUUGAAAUAGAAGGCAAAUUUGACUGUUCCACCUUUUGGUUCGGCGGAAAUGACUGUGAAGCAAAGAGAGCACUAUGGAUGAGACGGAUUGAAGCUGCAAUUGAGAGGUUUUGCCUCCUACUUAGAGAGUAUCCAACUCCACAUCAUAGCGCCUCUUUCCCACCUACGAUAGCGCUUAUCACACCUGCGGUAGUAGCUUAUCGUGUAGCAGUAACGGCUAUGAGCUUGGCUGGAAUCCUGCUUCUUAUCUCCCGUGGAGAAUUAGGAACUGUGAAUGGUUCAGAAGAUGACGACGAAAAUCCUGACACACAAAUUCAGCGUGCGAUUGAUUUAGUCCAGAAAGCUAGGAGCCUGUACAGAGUGUCACUUGACGUCUUGGAUUUAUCCAAUGGUGAUGAACGCGAAUAUGAAGUGUCCAUUCGAAUAAGCACUGUCACGGCAUUAAAACUUCAAUAUACCAUAAAUGUAAAAAUACAUAACAUGGCAGCAACAGAUAAAGUUAAUUGUGAUCUCGUUGAUGAGGUGUGUGAGCUGUAUACAAAAAUUUUCUCUCUUUUGGAUGAAGGUUGUGUACCGGAAAAUGACGGCAGCAUCUAUGUGAAUACUUUGUACGAGUUCGGUAGUGCACUAUUCAUUUUCUCCGACCAUUUAAAGGAUGAAACCAGUCUCGAGUGGCAGGAUAAGCGCAUUUAUUACCUCGAGGCUGCUAUUAGAGCCCUUCAAGGUGCCUACAAAAGGAAGGAAAUCAAAUGUCAGCGGGGUAAUGCAUGCAAGAAGCUGUGUGAAGCGUACUAUGUUUUGUUAGCGCUUAAGUCUCGGAAAAUAAACACUAGGCCGGAACUAUCGUCUCUAAGAGCACAAAAGGCUGCUUUUAAAGAAUUGGCUGAAAUUGCUCUAACAGCACAAAAUUAUGUAAUUGAUAUGUCUGACGAAGACCUCGGUUCUGAGUUUAAGGAGGUUCCGCUCAAUCUCAGCGAAGCAGCCAUAUUGAUGGUUCCUAUGAGGCAAAGUAUUAAGCGACUCCAUAAGGAUUCGGCUUUGUACGCAAAUGUUACAAUGGUGCCUGCGGCUGACAAGGAAUAUCCGAAACUUCGAGUCCGACGCAUCAAAAGCAAUGGAGCACUAUGGGAAGAUUUUGGAGCGGGUCCAGUGCUUGUUGAGGACUAUGAAUUUGUGCUUCUUUCGUUUCAGGAAUGGCGCAAUAAUCCGUCGAUGAAAAGUGCAUAUUCGCACGUUUUAUUCGUGCUGCCCAAUAACCCUGAAGAAGCGCGUGAUGUGAUGAUGAAAUCAAUCGAGAAAGCCCUUAGGGCAUUUGAUAAAACCCGUUGA